AUGGGUAACACCUUCGGUUUUCUGAGAAGCGAAUCCGGGAGUGCUCUUCAGUUCACCGUGGUAGAAGCUUGCAAGGCUGAAGAUGUCGACCUUGCUCAGACUUGUAACCUCACGUUCAGCGCGGAUCACGAACUGGUUUCGGUCGGCAAUGUAACAAAGGGGACAAUGCUGCCGCAGCCUGGUAUAGCCGGCAUUGGAAUAUGGAUUGCGAUGGUUCUCUUCUUUUUCGUUGUCGUAAUCUCCCUAAUCUUCGUCAUUGUCGAGCUCUGGUUCCGGACGAAUGUCUCUCAAUAUAGCAUUUUCGCAUGCUUCAGGGAUAAGCCCAAGACGGAUCCGAAGGAUCCGAACGCAGAUCCGGAUUGGAAAGACAAAGUGCGUGCGGCAGGCCGAACGUUUGUCUUGGGUGUCGCAGACACUCAGACCAUCUUCGUCGGAGCCUUCCUUCUUGGAUUCGCUGGCCGGAAUAAGUGUAAGCUGACAAGCUACCACUUCACAGUAGCCGUUAGUCAGAUGAUGAUUGCUCUAUCUGUAAUUACACUCUCUGUCGCGCUCGUGCGAACUUACUGGCGAAGCCCAUUUGCAGCAGCUUUUCGGCUAUCUCUCUCCGUUGGAGCUUUCGUAGGCGUCGGUUUAACCAUCUUCAGGGAAGCCAACUACGCUCCAGUUGGACCGCUUGAAGAUCUGAAGAAGGACAGCGCCAUUCUGCUCCCUGUGGCAUGUCUACUGGAGAUGAACUUACGGUCUGCGGCAGAAGAGCAAGCACGGGAGAACCAGGCCGAGCUCGGUUUCGGAGAUGCGACAAGCUGGCCACCAGAAAGAUACAUGUACAUCGUGCUCGUUGUCGCCUUUCUUGCUGCGCACAUUUCGGUUCCCUUCCGCUUCGCCGAAUCUCGGAAGCGUAUACCGGAAGUCGUGACGAAGAGGCGUGCGGUCUUUACUUGCAUGUACUGGAUAUUGGUACUACUCACACCUAUGGUGACGUCGACUUUCUGCUGGUCCCGGGUCUACACGAUGCGCGAGUGGGUGGCUAAGUCGGGUUGGAUGGAGGAUCCGAAUACUGAGAUGAUAGUCUGGGAUUCUGGCCAGCUGAUCGCUAUGGGAAUCCUUAUUACGGUUGUGAUGAACGUACUGACUGAAGCCAAAGAGAGGAAGAAGAAAGACGUGAAGAAAGAAAGUCAAGAUGAAGCGAAUGAGCCGCUUGUGUCCAGAAACCCUUCACCAAACCACACGUACGCGCAGGGGUAUGGCUAUGAGCCGAAUCGAUCCUUCAACACAUCAAGAGUAAGGUAG